UCGAAAAUCAUGAUUUCUAAUCGUUUUUGUACUUUGGUUUUCUUCAUACUGGGAUUCUGGACAAGCAUGGUAGCCGGGCGAACGUUAGGAAAAUGGCUUUGGCAGGCUAAGAAUCCAAAAUUAAGUUGGGAUCAAAUCAAAAAAGAUCUCCAAAUUGUCGCGGACCCGACGAACCCUUGCAAAUCUCUGCCAGCCCGCCCGAAUCUAGAUGAAUUGUUCGAGGCCAACCGGUACUGCAAAAAUGCUCACGAGGGUUACUUGCAGCAUUAUCUCCCAUCAAAAAGAGGGCUCUUCAAAAAUAGAUGCCGUGGCUCCAACUACAAAUAUUUCCCAUCUCCUGCGUGCAACCCAAGGAACGAACAAGCACGAAGUGACUUCAGGUGCACCGUAAGCAAGGGGAGUGGGUUUCGGCUCUUAACCUGUCGUCGUCCCUGGUACAUUGAGGUUGACCUCGAGAAAUGCGUCGAAGGCUGGAAUGAAUUGGGCCGCGACAAAAUACCUGCAGAGGAAGUGCCCGUAUCUAUAAUCCACGAAUCUCAGUAAUAAUAAAAUAAACACUAGAUUCCAGGCCAUGACAAACGCAACAAGGAACAGCCACUCUCUAAGGCGCGGCCGAAUAUUUUUUGAAAAACUUCCCGCAAACCUGAAAUCCAAAUACAGGGACCCAAAUUUUUUAAAUGUACUAAAACAAUUUUUUAUUGCCAAGUGUUUGUAUAGUGUAGCAGAAUAUUUAGCUUAAGUUCUGUAAUCUCUUUUCCCUUCNUUUUUUUUUUUUUUUUUUUUUUUUUUUUUUUUUUUUUUUUUUUUU